AUGAGGGGGAUGAACCGAGUAGGGGAUGGUGUUGAGGAAACCGUGGGGUGGGACAACCGGAGACGACUGUGCUCCCAGUCGCUCAGUCCGCGCCCCGACACGCAAUCACACGCACACUUCUUAUUCAAACAUGACGGAGUUUUCGUCGUUUCGCGCUCGAGUAUUUUCAAAUUAAUUCGUAAUUCCCGCUACCGCGUCUUAGAUAGUUUCUGGAACUCUUCGUUAUCUUCGUUAUCUUCUUCGUUCACCUUCAAUGAUAUCCUACAUUCGAUACUAACACAACCGAACUCACAACACACUAACCAACUACGUCUUUCGAGAACAAGCAUUAUGAUCUCGUCCAGAGCUUCACGCCAACGCUCUAACUUCUGAAUGCGAAAAAGAUUUAUUGCACUCUAUGCAAUAAAAAGCAAGUCGGGGAAAGCAUAUAUUAUUCAAUGAAUAAAUUUGUCGAUCUAUCAAAUAAAUCGUGGGUCGCCGCAAUCUAAUCCACGGAUGUUCUAUCGUGAGAAUUGGUUUGAAUCACUUAUUUCUGAAAAAAAUAAGCGACGUGUUUGAAGUGUUGGAAGAAGUGUUAGGGUGAGCAUUAGUAGAAUUUUCAGAAAAAAUCUUUUUUUAAACAUAUUUAUUUAAUUUAAACCUUUUUAAUAAAACUUGAUAUAAUUAGAUACUUGUGCGAAUGUACUUGUUGAACUUUAUAAUAUUAUUUUGAUAAGAUAUUGGCAGAUCCGUCAAUAAUCAUCAAACAAUUGUACAUCAGGUAGUUACUAAGUAAUGUAAUAUUAGUGGGGAAGAGUUGCCAAAUACGUAUCACUUAAACUUUUUUAUUAUAUUUUCCACUUGACAUUGAUUUAUACACAAAUAUUGGAAACU